AAUCACAUUAAAAUGCGGAGAAAAUUUUCAGCCGAGCCGUUAUGUUCUAAGUGGUGCCCGCUCGGUACUCUUAAGCCGUUUAUUACAUUUUUGAACAGUUAGGAUUAAAAUCUUCUCUCUCCUCUCAUCCCUCCUCUUUCUCUCUUUUUUCUCUUUCCAAAUCUAAGUCAUCCAAAAUCUCAUCGGACUGCUUGAAUGUGCCGAGUGGGUACCACGUAGUACCCACCGCCGGCACUGAAAAAUUUCAAAAUACGUACAGUGCAACAAACAGUCUCUCCCCUUCUAUAUAUUCCAUUCCCAUGAACUAAUUUUAGUGCUAUCAAAACCCACCAUGAGUCUACCAUUGUUGUCUCUAAUACCGGCAGAAUCCAAUGUCUUCUUCCCUCUCAUUUUCCUCUCUCUCCUCUUCUUCCUCCUCUUAACCCACCACCGCACUCCAACCAGAAAACAACCGCCACUCCCACCAGGUCCAACUCCAUGGCCCGUAGUCGGCAACCUCUUCCAACUAAGUCGCAAGACCCCGCUCCACAUCUCCCUCGCCAACCUAGCCCAAGUCCACGGCCCACUCAUGCUCCUCAAAAUGGGUUCCCACCGGUUAAUCGUCGGGUCAUCCCAGGCCGCCGCCCGAGAAAUCCUCAACACCCACGACCGCAUCCUCUCCGGUCGGUACAUGCCGCGCGUGAUCCAAACCAAGGGGUCCAAAAUCCACAACCACCAGCUCGCGUUCAACGACGAGUGCGACCAUAGGUGGAGGCGCGUGAAGAGCGCGUACAAGAGCGAGCUGUUUUCGGCCAGAGCGUUAGAAUCCCAGGUGGGAAUCCGGGAGAGGAAAAUCUGGGAGCUGGUGGGUCAUCUGGGGCUGAUGGAUGGCAGGGUGGUGAAAAUCAAAGAGGUGGUGACUUUCACCGCGAUAAACAUAAUAAGUCGCGCGAUGGUGUCGAGGGAUUUCGUGGAUUUGGAAGGGAGAGGGGCGGGGGAAGGGCUGAUGCAGAACGUGAGGAGAUUCGCCGAGGCAGGGGCGAAACUGGGUGAUCUGUUUGCGGUGUUGAGCGGGUGGGAUUGGCAAGGGACGUACAAGGAGUUCUUGGGUGUAUUCGGGUGGUGUUGCAAUGUUUGGGUGGGUAUGGUGGAAGAAAGAAGAGGGAGCGGGAGCGGGAGCGGGAACGGGAACGGGAGAGAUUUUGCUGAUGCUUUGAUUGAGUCUGGCUUCAGUAAUGAUCAGAUUAAUGCCGUGUUUAUGGAGCUAUUUAGUGCUGGCAUAGAAAGCACUAGUGCAACAACUGAAUGGGCACUCACCGAACUCAUGAGGAAUCCAGAGCCCAUGCAAAAACUUCGUCAAGAACUUUCAAAAGAGAUCACGGGAGAUACAAUUAGAGAAUCUGAUUUGCAUCGCUUGCCCUACCUGGAAGCUUGUCUUAAAGAGACACUAAGGCUGCACCCUCCCGGCCCGUUGCUCUUACCUCACCGCGCCGUUGAAACAUGUGAGGUGAUGGGAUGCAUAAUUCCCAAGGACAGCCAAAUCUUGGUAAACAUGUGGGCAAUCGCUCGUGACCCGAAAAUCUGGGACGAUCCCCUGAGCUUCAAACCUGAGCGGUUUCUUUCGGCACGGUUGGACUACAUGGGUACCGACUUUGAAUAUUUUCCUUUCGGGUCGGGAAGGAGAUUUUGCCCUGGACAACCGUUGGCUUCAAGGGUAGUUCCGGUAAUUAUUGCUUCACUGAUCCACAAUUUUGAUUGGGUUCUUCCGGGAAACAUGGAUCCGGCCCAAAUUGAUAUGACUGACAAGUUGGAUGUAACAAUGCUGAAGCAGCAACCUCUCUGCGCCAUUCCUAAGUUGAGAAGGCAAUUAAUGAAGUGAAUACUAGUAUUGAUUGUGUAUUGAUAGUGUUGGUGGCUGGUGUAUUUGCUUAGUUCUCUUGUGCAUAUGGUUGAUAAAUUGGGGUGAAUAGUUUAUAGUUUCUGGGGAAAAUUGCUCGACAUUUUCCUGGGAAAUUAAAGUUCCUUGUAGUAUGGAAUGCUUUCAAGUGGUGGGAUUAUGGGUCUUGGAGCUUUUGGUUUUCUGUUGAUUGUUUGGAAGUUUUAGGGGGCAUGCCUCCUCUAUGUAUGUAAUGUACAAAUUCCCUGUAUUUUUCUAUUUUAGUGUGCAUCGAUUAUCAAAGUCGCCGAGCUAAACGUGUGCCUUGGUGCUUAAAGAUCACUUCCCCUGUGCUAGCUAGCUCUUUUUUAGCUCUAUAAGAGCAUGUACACCAAUGGUUAUGUAUUUUAGCUACCAAAUAAUUCACUUUUUUCAUUUUACCUA